AUGAUGCUUCGUCUCCCCACCCUCACCGCCCUUAAACCCUCAACCCCCACCGUCAGCUCGAACCCUGUCGGCUGCAGCCAUGGCCGCCGCCGCAAGCUCAUCUUCGCCUCAUCCGCUCCUCCGCCGUCUUCUUCGGCUUCACGGCCUCCGAAGCCGACGCCGAACCCGGAACCACCGAAGCCCACACAUGAGGCCCGCAUCCGGAACCCGGAUGACUCCACCGAGGCGGGGUUCCCCACGACCAAACCCCGGAAGCCGCGCCGUGGGCGCCGUGGCGAGGCGGCAGCCGUGGAGGACUUCGUCCGCGGCCGCCUCGAGCAGGUCUUCGCCUCCAUCCGGGAGCGCAACCCCGACGUCCUCGAGGGCAAAGGCGACAUCCUGAAGCCGAAAGCCGAGGAGGAGCAAGUACCAGACGAGGAGGGGGAGGGAGAGGGAGAACAGAAGCCUGUGGUGGAAGAGGAGGACCCGAGCUGGCCGCUGGACGCCGAUGUCGGGUGGGGGAUCCGGGCGUCAGAGUACUUCGACAAGCACUCGAUCAGAAAUGUCACGGUGGACGGGGUGGAGAUCGAUUGGGAAGGGGAGGUCGACGAGGGGUGGGUCAAGGAAAUCAAUUGCUUGGAGUGGGAGAGCUUCGCAUUCCACCCCAGCCCUUUAGUCGUCCUAGUCUUCGAGCGCUACAACAGGGCUGCUGACAAUUGGAAGUUUCUUCAAGAAUUGGAAAAGGCUGCUAAGGUAUACUGGAAUGCUAAAGAUCGCUUACCUCCUCGGACAGUCAAAGUUGAUAUAAAUAUUGAGAGAGAUUUGGCAUAUGCACUUCAAGUAAGAGAAUGUCCACAGUUAUUGUUCCUUAGGGGAAACAAGAUCUUAUACAGAGAAAAAGAGAUAAGGACUGCAGAUGAGCUGGUUCAAAUGAUUGCCCAUUUCUACUACAACGCAAAGAGGCCUUCUUGCGUUAAUCCUGAAGCCGUUGCUUCUUUCUA